AUGCAUUACGUACUUAUCAGUUUAUUUGCUGAUAAUUUAUCCAAACAAUUGUUCGUAGGAUCGAUAAUCGACCGUCAUUUCAAGAUGAACCUUCUCAUUUCAGCAGGGUUAUGUCUUUUUCUCUUCGAUGUGGCAAUAGAAGCGGCUGAGAAAAAUUUCAAACCUUUGAAUUGCACAGAACGUCAGUCGUGGGGUUCCAAUUAUUACAAUUGCCUAAUUCAACCACACGAUGCUGUGGAAGCUUUUGAAAUAGGAGAUGAUAAAACGUGGAAAACGUUGAAAAACGCAAAAGUGAACAGCUUUUACGAUAUAAAAAUAUUGCUGUUUGAUAUAAAAGUGGGAUAUUCGUCCAAGGAUGGUAAAUAUUCGCUGGGUGCGUUGAAAAUUAAAGCAGAAGAUACCUUCAAGUACUCUACUCGUCUGGAAUCGUUAUUGCUAGCUACGAGAAAUCUCAGUUUUCCAUACGACGUCGUAAGCGAUCCGAUCAAAUGGGAUAAAAUGAGAAAUAAUUUAUUCAAUGUAAACGGACUGAGACGGUUGGAAAUCAACGACACUGGUUUGAACACGCAACGUCACAUUUGGAAAUUACCUGCGUCGCUUAAACAUCUCAAAUUGGUUAAUCAAGACUAUACGAAGUACGAUCUUCGACGCUGCACUGAACUCGAAGUACUUGAUUUCUCGAAUAAUCGUUUAUUCGAAAUGCCGCUGUUGAGCAGGCCUUCGCCACCUCUAAAAGAACUGGAUUUAUCGAAAAAUCCCUUGUAUGAAUUCACGGUAGAGGAUAUUGCGCCUUUGUGCGAUUUGCGAAAGUUGAACGUCGAUUACUCUGGUAUGGGAUCUCGACAUCGGAAUUGCGAAUGUUUGAGACUAAAAGAGUGGGUAUCAUUUUUAAAAGCUGAAACCGACGGAAAUUUUGAAUUUAUUGGCAAAUUCAGGUGCAACAAUGCAGUUGUAAACGAUGCAUUGUGUCGAGAAUCCGGUUACACAUUAUCCAGAGCCAAGGAAUUGAGAAAACAGUGCCAAAAUAGAGAUUACAGUUGGCAAUCAAUUUUAAACGCAGAAUCAAAAAUUUCUGAUUCUGGUUCUAGUACAGCUUUCAUCGUUUCAGCAGUAUCAGUUAUGAUAGUUUUGAUCGUAUUGAGUAUUGGUGGGGCUUACGUUUAUGUGAAUUAUGUCAGGCGAAAUUCGGAUAAUUUAGAUGCUGCAACUCCAACUUCAAAUCCAAACUAAAAACAGCAUUCUUGGAUGAAAUACCAUUUUUCAAUCAACUAUACAGUUACUCUUGAAUAUUUAGUGAUAAAAAGUAUUAAUUCAGUGUAUGUUUUUGUGUUUAUAAUAAUAUCCUUAUCAAUUAUUGCAAAAGUUUUGUGCAUGUGUAAAUAAUAUGAAUGUUUUGGCAUAUAGGUACCUUACCACCUGAUUUUUACAUAUUAACAAUGAAAUACAUCAUGGGCCUCAGCAUUUCUGAUAUUGUAAAAUUGCAAUUUUGUAGGUAUAUCUGAGUUAAAGUUAAACCAUUCAAUUAAGUAGGUAUCUACACAUUUUUUUCAAACGUUCAAUUCAAUGAAGUGUACGAUGCUACGAUGUCGGAUGCAUUUUAUUUUUAUUUAUUAUCAAGUUAAGUACUUUACCUACCCACUGAACUGUUUUGUUUUUUUUAAAUUAUUAUUUGAAAAGGACAGAACGAAAAAAACAUAGCAAAAAAUGAAUGAAACAAAGUAAAUUUAAUUAAAUAUUAGGUAAUGGCCUUUCCUACUUCUCAGUGAAGUAUUUAUUCUGGUCUCACUGUGCUAUACAACGAUUUCAAUACCAUAUCGCCAUUUUAAUUGUGAUAUUUCAAACAUUAUUAAGUAUUAUUAUUGAAUAGAAAAUUUUUUCUUUUGACUAGUAGAAUGAUUUUUGCGAA